AUGUAUAAUCGUGAAAAUAGUGCACUUAAUUUAAAUACAAUCUCAUCUGAUAUUGAUAUCCAUUUAACUACUCAUGGAUCUGAUUGGUUAUGGGCAGUUUUCUCAGUUUUUGCUUUAUUGACUGUGGGCCACACUGCCUAUCUUGGAUACCUGUUCAGAAAGGGAACUAAGAACAUCGUCGUGUCAGUACCAUUACUUGUAUCUAUUAUCUUUACCAUCAGUUACUUUACUUAUGCUUCUAAUUUAGGUUGGACUUCCACUCCAGUUGAAUUCAAUCAUGUGACUACUGAUGAAGAGUUAGGUAUUAGACAAAUCUUCUAUGUCAAGUUCGUUGCGUGGUUCUGUGCUUUCCCAUUAGUUUUAACUAUGUUGGAAUAUUCUGUAGGAGAAAUCGGUUUAGAUUCAUUAUUCUCCUUAUUAACUAAAGUAUUAGUUAUGAAUGUUUUCGUAGUUAAUUAUUUGAUCGGUUCUUUGAUUAAAUCCACCUAUAAAUGGGGUUAUUGGGUAUUUGGUACCUUUGGAUUAUUAUUAGGUAUUGUAUUUGUUGGUCAUAGUCUUAUUAGAUCUGAAAAGAAGACCAUAUUCAUUUUAGGAUUGACGGGAUUACAACUCUUGAUUUGGGUUUUAUAUCCUGUUGCUUGGGGUUUGAGUGAAGGUGGUAAUGUUAUUCAACCCGAUUCUGAAGCUGUUUUCUAUGGUAUCUUAGAUUUAAUCAAUUUUGGCUUCUUACCAUUAUUGUUCUUGGUCUUCAGUACUAAAGAUGAAAUUGCCCAUGAAAAGACUACCGAAACCCCAAGAGUUUCAGGUGAAACAGCUGUUUAA